AUGGAACAAACAAAUAUUGAUAAACCAUGUGGUAAAACAUUAUUAACACUCGGUGUUGCAAAUACGGAACAGAAGGAAAAUUUAAACGAUCAAUCCAGUUCAUGUAAUGAUGAAGCUAAAGCUUUUACUCAAGACAAGAAAAUAAUUGCCGUUGAUAGAAUUGAAACGAAUGUUAUUAUUGAUUUAUCUGGUGAAAAUGAUAUACCUAUACUAUCAAAUAUAAUAAAUGAUCAUGAUUAUGACAUGGCAACAGUAGAUCAAGCAAUAGUAACAAGUCAAGUACCAGCUAAAUUACGAGAGAAAAAAUAUGGUCGUUAUUUACCAACAUGGGAACAACCACCAGAAUCGUUCUAUAAAACAUAUACAUUUGAUAUAUUUAAUAAUAGACAUGAAAAACACAUUUGUUGGUUGUACAACAAAAAAGAUAAAAAUGGCAAUGAUGGUCUUGGUUGUAAACUUUGUGAGAAGUCCCAAAAAAGAACAAAUUCAAAUGGAAAAAUUAAUUUAUGGUGCACAUCAGGUUAUCAAAUAAUGAAAUUAUCAAAAAUAAUGGAACAUAAAGAUAAUGAAGUUCACAAACAAGCUCAACAACUUGAAUUGCAAAGCGCAUCUCACUCUCAACCAUCCUGGAUAACAACACAAAUGAAAGAACGAACUAAACAGGAGAUUGCAAUACAAAAUUUGAUUUUAUCAGCAGUUUAUAUUUGUCAACAAGAUCAAAAAAUUAACUCAUUAGAGAAAUUACGUACGUUAAUUGAAGCUCUUGGUGUUAAAUUGUUGCCAGCAGAUUUAGGUGGUGUUACUUAUCGAAAUGAUGAGGCAGCAUUAGAAUUUUUACCUCAUGUAGCUUCUUAUUUACAUGAAGAAAUUCUUGAAAAAGUAAAACAAAGUCAAGCCAUUGUUUUGGGUUUGGAUGAUGAUGGUUCAGUCUCAAAUAGAGUCAAUUGCAUUAAAUCAUUGUGGCGAAAAGACGACUUAAAUUCUGAAAAAACAUGUUGGUUUGCUACCGACAAUGCUGCUACGUUUACUGGUAUUAAGCCUUUGUUUAAAAAAAAAUCAACUUUAACUGUUGUAGGUGUUAAUAAUGGUGUUGUGGCCAAACUUAAACGUGAUUAUGAUCUAGAUUUUGUUGAACUAAAUACAUGUAUAGCACAUUCGUUUGCACUAGUAGGAAAGCAAGCUGGAUUUAUUAAAGACGAUGAUCAUGAAAAAGCAAAAAAACGUGAUUUAAUUGCAAAACUUGAAAGUAUUAUAGGUCGGAUUUAUCAAUAUUUUGGUUCAAGUGCAACUCGAACGUUUAAACUUAAGUGUUGGCAAAAUCUGUUGGAUAUUCCUGAAUUAAAAUUCAAAAAAUUAUUCAGCAUACGUUGGACAGCUAUUCGAGAUUCGAUAAAGCCCAUCAUGUUCAACAUCACACCAACAAAUCAAGACUUAUUACCUACAUUACAAGAGAUUAAAUUUGGUAAAAAUUUAACCAAUGAUGAUCAUGAAACAGCAGCUGAUUUAUUAUCUUCAAUAUUAAAUGAUGAUUUUUUGUUUAUGCUUCAUUUUCAUUAUGAUUUACAUGAAUGUAUUCUAGGGGAAUUAACUAAAUUAUUACAAAAUGAUGAUUUAUCUUAUUUAACUUUAAUGAACGUAUUGAAUGAAAAAAGACAAAUAUUAAAUAAUUGGCUUUCUCGAAAACAAGAAUCAAAAUGUAUUUUAGGACCCUCAUUGAAUGAUUAUUUAGAUUCUACUAUGAACAAUAAUUCUUAUGGUGCAUUUCAAAUUGUCAUUGGUGAUCGUGAUAAAUUGUACAAAGAAUGUUUUACACAUAUUGAUCGAUUAUUAUUGGAAUUGGAUAGAAGAUUCAAACCAUCAAAAUUACAACAAUGUUUUCUUGUUUUAUUUGAACCUGAUUAUUUAAUCAAUAAUAAAGAUGAUGUAAUGAAAUCAAAUUAUGGACGACAAGAACUUGAAUAUAUUUGCACGAAAUAUAGAAAUUUAAGUGGAUUCAAUAUGAAUAAAUGUCGAAAUGAAUGGGAAACAUUAAAAAUUUCAUUAAGUGAUUUCGUACGUAUUAAAGAACAGCAAAAAUCUAGAAGGAUAUUUUGGAAAUCCUUCAUCUCAUGGAAAGAAGCCAUCAAUGAUUCUUUUCAUGAACAGUACAAAAAUAUAUUAAUAUUAUUAUCAAUUUAUUUGAUAUCACCACUUAAUUCAGCUGAAUAUGAACGUGGUUAUUCAAUUGUUAAUCGAAUACAAACAAACGGACGUUCACAAAUAAUGAUUGAUACACUUGAUGUGAUAAUGAAUAUUCCCUAUAAUACAUGGAGUGGACAAGAUGAACGUCGUCGAAUUAAUCGAACACAAUUAAUAAUUGAUGCACCAGAUGAUUAUGUACCAUCAAAACAGAUUCGUCCAAAUACACGUAAGAGACAAUUUACAACAAUUGAUAAUUGUCCUGUUAAGCCAAAAUAA